GGCGCUGGUAGCAGCGGCCGCAGGAGCUGGGCGGUGGGGUGGGACUGUUCCCGGUGGAGCGCAGCCCCGACAGCCGCCGCGCAUAAGGCUAUCGCUUCCCAACUUCAGCUACAGUGAUAGCUAAGUUGGGAAAUUCAAACAUUCAGAGAAGCCGUGUCGCCUCCUGCUCCCCGCGCGUCCCCUCCUCGGCAGCGGCUGGGGCACAGGACUGGCAGCGCGAGCAGGAAUCGGGGCGCAAGCGGACAUGACUCGGGCUGCAGAGCAGACAAGCGGCGCAGGAUGCUGUGGAUCCUGUGUCAAUUAUUUUACAUCUGCAAAGUUUCUUCUUUAUCUUGGACAUGCACUGUCCACCUGGGGAGAUCGGAUGUGGCACUUUGCAGUGUCUGUCUUUCUGGUUGAACUUUAUGGAAACAGCCUACUCUUGACUGCUGUCUAUGGACUGGUUGUGGCAGGAUCAGUUCUCCUUUUGGGAGCCAUUAUCGGAGAUUGGGUGGACAAGAACUCAAGGCUUAAAGUGGCUCAGACUUCCUUGGUUGUACAGAAUGCAUCUGUCAUCCUGUGUGGUAUCAUCCUGAUGAUUGUCUUCUUGUUUAAAACCCAACUUUUGACCUUAUACUCUGGAUGGCUUCUUACCACGUGCUAUAUCCUGGUUAUCACAAUUGCAAAUAUUGCAAAUUUGGCCAGCACUGCCACAACAAUCACAAUUCAGAGAGACUGGAUUGUUGUGGUUGCAGGUGAAGACAGAAGCAAAUUGGCAGAUAUGAAUGCCACAAUACGAAGAAUUGACCAGCUGACCAAUAUCUUGGCCCCAAUGGCAGUUGGCCAAAUAAUGACCUUUGGCUCAGCAGUGAUUGGCUGUGGCUUCAUUUCUGGCUGGAACCUGUUGUCUAUGUGUUUGGAAUAUCUGCUGCUCUGGAAAGUCUACCAGAAAACCCCUGCUCUAGCUCUCAAAGCUACUUCAAAAAUUGAGGAAUCGGAGCUGAAACAACUGAAUGUACAGAAAGAUAGCGAAUUGAAGCCCACUGAAGGAGUCCAGUUAAUUGGUGAGAAAGAUGUAGCAGUCUUUGAGCCCCAUCAGGAGAAGGAAAUCAGCUGUAGUGGCCGGAUUGCUGAACCUUUCAUCACAUUUCGUGAUGGAUGGGUUGCAUACUACAACCAACCUGUGUUUCUUGCAGGCCUGGGUCUCGCAUUCCUCUACAUGACCGUUCUGGGCUUUGAUUGCAUUACUACAGGUUAUGCAUACACUCAGGGUUUGAGUGGUUCUGUGCUAAGCCUUCUGAUGGGGGCCUCGGCCAUAACUGGAAUCAUGGGAACAGUAGCCUUUACCUGGCUCCGUCGCAAAUGUGGCCUAGUUCGCACAGGCUUCAUCUCUGGAAUAGCCCAGAUUGCCUGCUUGGUCUUAUGUGUGAUUUCUGUGUUCAUGCCUGGAAGUCCUUUGGAUUUGACUGUUUCCCCAUUUGCUGACAUCCGUACCAGGUUAAUGGAAGGACAACCAUUGCCUACUGCACUUCCAGCUGAUAUGUCUGAAAUAUCCCUUACAACUGGAAUGCACAACUGGUUAAACAGGUCUAGCUCUGUUAACAGAGACCUAGAGAUGAGUUUUGACUCUGUGCCUUUAAUCUCUGUUAGUCUUCUGUUUGCAGGAGUCAUUGCUGCUAGAGUUGGCCUCUGGUCCUUUGAUUUGACUGUCACACAGUUGCUCCAAGAAAAUGUGAUAGAGUCUGAAAGAGGCAUUAUAAACGGUGUCCAGAACUCCAUGAAUUACCUUCUUGAUCUGCUGCAUUUCAUCAUGGUCAUCCUGGCCCCCAACCCUGAAGCUUUCGGCUUACUGGUGCUUAUUUCUGUGUCCUUUGUUGCAAUGGGCCACAUAAUGUACUUCCGAUUUGCCCAAAAAACCUUGGGGAAUCAGCUCUUUGCUUGCUGUGGUCUUAAAUCCAAAGCCGUUUCUAACGAUUCACCACCUAGUAAUACAUCCACUGUUUAGGGGGGUCUCAAACUAUUGCCACUCCCUGUUUAAUUAUAAUUCAAGUAUGCAGUUAGAUGCUUCAAAGUAGCCAUAAAGGGCAAAGUAAGGUGUUUCUCUACAGUCUAACAGUCAUAGUACACUCGCUUCAAGGGAGACCUCCAAACCAGAUAAGAAACUUGGCCAAAUUCAUCCAUAUGUUUCAAGUUUGGGUUACAAGGAAAUUACUCUGAUGCUAAGUUGAAGGUUUAAACUGAAUCACCAAAAUAUGUAGUGUAGGAAUGCAACUAUUUUAUCAUAAUUGUAAUUUUUAAUUUCUUCCAUUUUAACCAUGAUGAAGCCUAUGGCCUCACUGGCAUAAAUACAUACAGUACUCUUUAGCUGACGUACAUGUGUAGUCUUCACCUGACUUUAGAGCAAUUAUUUGCCCAUUGAGCAAUAUAGUUCAUGUUUGUUAGCUUGAGUAAAACUUGUUUUAUCUUUUUGUUGGUUUUUCCCCUUUACAUAAAUGUUGUGGUUUCUGCCUAUAUGCUGCUCCAGUUAAGAGAACUGGAUUCUUUUUCUAAACUGGCUGAAAUGUUAUACUAACAAACAAGUUGCGAGUACUGUGUAUUUUAAUUUUAUUUUAAAGUUCUGAUGUUUGUCUAAAAUCUGACAUUUGCCUAAAAUAUCUCUUUGCCUUUGUCUGGUUUUGAUUAACUUUAGAGAAACACCUUUGCAGGUUUAGCUUAUACUAUUCUAUAGUAUGUAUAAGUUCAAAAUAUUGUAUUACAUGUAUGUAGCACUUCAUAAAAUUAAGUACAAUAUAACCAAGUAAGCCAAAGCUAUAAAUGUAAUGUAGUAUUGUAAAGCAAAGCUUUUUCUAUUAAAGCACACCAAAUGUGCUAAAGAAGGUUUGACAGAGCAGAUAAUGUUAAGGGUCAUGAGUUUGGAUAUAGAAAGAUAGGCUAAGGGCUAAAUCUACUGGUUGCCUUUCUGAAAAUUAUCAGAAUGUGAGCAGCUUGAGUUUCAUUUUAAUCUAAUGCCAUUGCUUUAAGAAACCCCAACAUCAGCCUGGUGUAUUAGAAAAUUACUAAUCCAGGCUAAACUAAACAUAAAGGACAAUUUAAAAUAUUUUAUGAACAUUGAUACAUCUUUUUAAAUUCUCUUGUAAAACAUCAUACACUUUUUUAAAUUACUAGAAACUUGUAUUUUUAAACAUCUGUAAAACAAAAACAAGCUGUGACCGUUUGGCCCUUUUAAAGCAAUUUUGGGGAGAACAGUGGAGAGUGACCUUUUUUCUUAAAGGAGUCAUUUUUCAAUGUGCAGUUAUGGACAGCUUUUUAUAUUAACCAUUUAUGCACUUUUGUGGCAACUGCAGUAAUGUUGCUUUAGUAUUCAAAGUUUCCUAUGGUAUGACUUUUUUAAAACAAUAUUAAGAAGUCUGUGUAAAAUGUUUGAAAAAAUAUAACUUUUUUCACUUUUUUGUACUGUCUUUUUCAAAAAGCCUUAUGUGUUGGCCAACUUCAACCUUGAUGUAAGCAGGCACAACUCCAUUGAAACUAUUGGUGUUUACACCAUGGCUGAAUCUGGGUCACUUUCCUCAAAAUUGUGAUAACUUGUAUUUCUAUUUUAAAUAGAAUGUAAAAAAUUUAGUAUUUGUUUCUGACCAAUAUUUUUCUGAAAAAAUCUGAAGUGAAUGCAUGAGGAACCCAUAUCAAAUCUCAACUUUAAAUGAAGUAGCAACCCUCAAAAUUCAGUAAAUGCUUGUAACAACAAUCCCUCCCCCCUUUUUUUUUCUUCAUAUAAAGGAUCAACAUUAAUCAUUGAUUCUUUACUGAAUGGCACUCAGGGACUCUUUCAUUAGAUUUAUAAUUGUUCCUACUUUCCAACAAAGAAUCUGGUUUUGCACUGUAAUGAAAGUCACAUUUAUUUAAAAAAAAAAAAUUAACAACAAUCAGUGGCUCAAUCCUGGGGCAUAAAUUUCCUUCAGGAGUUGUUUUGCCAUCAACAGAACUUUGUCAGGCAAGAAAUUAAAUCAGAUCUUGUUUGUGUGGACUGUCUAAUCAUGUUUUAUAGAAUGGAUACUUAUCAUGUUUGACAUUGAAGACAAUGGAUUUAUACUAAAGAUGAACGUCCACUUGGGGCAGUGGGCUAAACAAUAAAACUUAGAUCUCUGAAUUGCUAAA